UAUAGAUAAGAAGAAUAUAUGUAAUCAAGGGAGAAAGGAAAAGAAAACUUAUUACAAUAUAUAUAUUUUUGAAUCACUAUAGAAAUGUCUCGAAAGAAAGUGGAAGUUUAAAAGAGAGUGAGAGUUUAAGCUGGUUCUCGGAGUUGAGUUUCUUCUUCCUUGUCUCCUCGUUCACAUAAUUCACAACGUGUAUACUUCAAAUCAAAACGUAUACUUCAAAAUUUGUUGUCAAGUGUUAAUAAGAGUAUAUUGUUUUUUUAUGUUUCAUACAUAAUGAAUUAGAAGUUAUUUAAAAAAACAUGCAAUAGUAGUACGUAUAUAUAUUCGUGCAUAAUUAACGAGUUUGUAAUCCUAAAUUAAAGACAACAAGACAAGAAUGACGUAAUGUUUUUAAUCGAAUUCUAUUAUGCAAGAAUCACGUACUUCAGAAUGAAAACAUUGAUUAUUUAAUGAACCAGUAAAAACGGUAAUCAACAGUUUAAAAGAAGAAUUUAGUAAGAAAACUUGGACUCGACGAUUAUCAGAAGAAUUCAACGAUUUUCUCUUCUUCUUCUUCUUCUUUUUUUCUUCCUUUUAUUCGUUUAUAUUUUUUUGUUUUUUGAUUCGUUGUGGUGAUAUAGUUAUUAAUUAAAACAAAGUGAAUCAAUAUGAUUUUGGACACGAGCACGGUACGAUUGGUAAUACUCUUAGGUGUAACAUUAUACUUGCAUGCUGGAGAUUACAGUACCGUUAUACCAUCGAUAUUUGCUAAAAAUGUUGAGAAAAAUGAAACGAAUUCUAACAAAGGACCACCGAUAGGACCACCAUCCAUAGAUGAUUCUGCAAAAUUAUUAACAGUCGAUGCAUCGACCAAAAAAGAAAUCAAAAAGGAUAACGCUCUUACUCGACGAGCUAAGAUGAUGGCAACCAUCAAAACAGCUUGCUUACCUAAACUCAUUUGCGAAUUGACAUCUUCCGUUCAUCAGGAUCAACUCAGCGAGAUGGAACGUUCGUUGUUAAAUUUGAUCCGGGACACAAGUUUAAGCACGAUCGCUGAAGUACCAUCGAGAUAUCAUUUCGCAGCACACAUGGGUCAAUUAAUAUCCGGCGUUGAAGGACAAGGCUGUCAUAACUUUUAUCCUACCUGUCCAUUACCCGGAACCAGCGUUCUCAACAUGAUGAAAAAAGUUAGAAUAAGAUGAAAAAACAUAAGAAGUAACUACUUAAACAACCUCGUAUUUUCGAAUCCAACCACGUUACGUUAAACGAAUAAUAUUCAUUUCGUUGUGAAACUUUUAACAUUUACGAUUGUAUCUGUGAUAUUCUUCAAUGUGUGCGAGAAUGAUUUAAAAAAAAAAAAA